CUCGCCACCAUGAAGGUGGAAGCGGGAGACAACUCCAUGAUCAACCUGUCGGUGCAGCAAGUGCUGAGUCUCUGGGCUCACGGCACCGUCCUCCGCAACCUCACCGAGAUGUGGUACUGGGUUUUCCUCUGGGCUCUCUUCUCCUCUCUCUUUGUCCAUGGUGCUGUGGGAGUACUAAUGUUUGUGAUGCUGCAGAGGCAUAGGCAGGGGAGGCUGAUUUCUGUCAUUGUGGUCAGCAUUGGAUUUCUGGGUUCUGUAACUGGAGCAAUGAUAACCAGUGCUGCAGUAGCUGGAAUUUACAGAGUAGCAGGAAAGAAUAUGGCUCCCCUAGAAGCUCUUGUCUUUGGUGUUGGACAGACAGUACUGACGCUAAUUAUCUCAUUUUCAAGAAUUCUGGCAACACUUUGAGACUUACAUAGAAGGAGGAAACAAAAUAUCAACUAGUUUAAAGAAAUCUUUUCUCUGGAAAGAAACUUCCCAAGAGUGGAUUCAUCAGCUACAAACUUGAAUUCUAGUGCAAGAGAAAGGAAGGUAUGUGGAACAUGCACUACAAACCUAGAGGCUCAGUCAAAUGAAUAGAUUGUCCUCUAGUGUCUGAACUGUCGUACUUCUGCACUGCGCCUGAUGUGCCUCAGUCAUAGGCAAGGUUCAACUCUGUGUCAAAGCUGAGACAAAGCACCUUGAGUAGCUGCCAGUUAAUGCUUGGUUGAUGGUAUUAUUGUUCUUGACAGUGUUGUAAUGAAAUAAAGGGACACUGCUGGAAGUUGCUGUACGUGCCAAACUUGGUGGUUAGUUGGCUGGGUAAGCUUUGAAAUGGUAAUUCUAGAAGGGUGCUGUGAGCGUACACUCUGUCUGAAUUUGGGUAAAGUAGUUGGAUAGCUGUCUUUUGUAUUAGCAAAGUCUUGCUGAGUGCUGAAUAUUUUUAUUCAAGCCAACUGUUCAGUCUGUUUCCAAGUGUAGCUGAAUCUUGAGGGGGCUUAAGAGCCGCAGUUUUAACAACUCUGAUGUAAUUAUAAUUAGCACGAUGUGUAGAAUGGCUCAUGGCAGUUUUCUGAAGCUCAGCACAUCGUUUAUUCCUGGGUUUAGCUCAGCAGAAAUCAGUUGUUUAAGGAAGCUGUAUGAGGGCUAAGUACAAUCUGGUGUGUAUUCACAAACAAAUCUUAAAUUGAUGCUUUCCUUGAAAUUAUUUUGUCUUAAACACACAGAUGGUUCCCAGCCCUUCUGAAAACCUCCGAAAGGGUUUGCUCAUUGCAAAUAAGCUCUCUCUAUUUAUUUAAGCACUGAUAGGACUCUUAUCCCUAUGCAUAUUCUUUCAAGAACACACAAAUGUAACAGACUUCAGGAGACCAUACCUAUGAGGAAAAUGGAAAGGGAUAUAUAAAUACAAUGUACUGGUUUUCUACCAAACAAAAAUGUCAUGUUUCAUCGUUGUAACUAUACUCCCAAAGUUUGGAAGUGGGGCAGCACUGAUGUAUUUACUACCUUUUUUUUCUGAACACUUUGUAUCUUUGGAAAGAUUAAGGUACUUGGAACUUUGAAACAACUUAGCUUUCAGUAGAAUUUGUGCUUUUCUAGUUCAAAAGGGAUGGUAGUGUUGUGCAUGUGAAGUGUCUUAAAUGUGAAUGUUUUGGAGUGGAUAUAAAUUUUAAGUCUUAAUUGCUAUUUAUGAAAUGCAAAAUUCAAAGGGCACAAAAAUUUCUGUGUGAGGAGGAGCGAAGAACUUUUUACAUCCUUCAGCUGAAUGCUUUUCAGCAGUUGGCUUUUAAUGCUGAUAGGAAGAGUAAAUUGCUCACAGGUUUUGCUGUUAAGAUGUCAAAAGGACUUUCAGGACUGUUGAAGACCCUGGCACCUACUGCACAGCCAAAAAAUACGGUGAAAACACAACUUACAAUCCAGUCAUUGCUUCAAAAAAAAUAGAAUUAACUUGUCUGCCUUUAUUUUAUUCCACAUAAACCUGUGAUAUUUUUUUAAGUGUUAAGGAGGCUGAUAUUUGUUUAAAGGUAUAUGUCUUGUUUGGGGAAAAGUAUGAAGUCACAGGCUUUGCAGGGAACAAGGUAAACUACAGGUCUAUAAACCAUUUCUGUGUGAUAUUUUUUGGCUUUGAAUUGCUUUAAAUUGUGGUUGAAUAUGUUCUCAUUAUUCUGAAUGUCUCCAGAAGCUUAUUUAUUCUUCACAGGUUGGGGUUUGUUUGUCUUGUGGGUUUUACUUUCUGCUGAUACUUGUUGGUAUAACAAGCAUUGCACUUUAGACAAUGAAAUUAUGACAUCUGUAAAAGGCAAUUUAAACUUUCCCCCGUUGUCUUAAAUGAUGAGAACUGGUUUCAGGUAUUUAAGUCAAGUUGAAUAAUAAAAUAUUUGAAGAUAUUUCUCCUAAUGUGCCU